AUGGACCCCACCACCGACAUCGACAUCGAUCCCUUCGACACGGUCCUCUCCCUCGAGGACCAAUACUACGCCGAAGGCCACGCUCUCGGUGUCGCCGACGGCUCGCGCGCCGGCCGCAUCGAGGGUCGCGUCUUCGGUCUCGAAAAAGGGUUCGAAAAGUUCGUCGCGAUGGGCGCUCUGCACGGCAAGGCCGCCGUCUGGGCCGCCAGGUUGCCGCCAUCAUCAUCUUCCACCACUCGCCACCCCGAGCCGCAAGAGUCUCAGGAUCAGGACCCGGAAAAGGCCGCUCCUGCUGCAAGUAAUGCUUUACCUCUGCUGUCGUCCGGCAGCAACCCCCGCUUGGCCAAGCACAUAACCACCCUGCACGCGUUGUCCGAGCCGGCGAGCCUGUCGACGCAGAACGACGAGGACGGCGUGGCCGACUUCGAUGACCGAUUCAAGCGCGCCCAGGCAAAGGCCAAGAUCGUCGAAAAGCUUGUGGGCGAGGGCCAGGACGUGAGCGAGCUGAGCAGUGCUGAUGUCGAUGCCGCGGCCGCCACCGUUACUGCUAGUGUGGCGGAAGGUUCUGCUAGACGCGCGACCAGUAGCAGCAACGCAGGGGCAGUGGCCAAGGGUCCGAAGCGGAUCGGGGUGAAGAUGGUGCAGAAGAAGGAAGGGCGGGGCGAGGAAAGAAGCAUGGAAGACUUUGGAGGCCCGAUGAAAGGGCUUCGAUCUUGA